AUGUCCAAAACUGCGUUGAUCACUGGUGCUGCCCAAGGUAUUGGUAAAGCCAUUGCCUUGAAAUUGGCUGGCAAAGGCUUCCAAAUUGGUAUCGCUGAUUUGCCUCAACAAUCUGAGAAGGCCGAAGAGCUCAUUGCCCAGCUAAAGUCUAGCUACCCUAAUGUCAAGGCUCCAAUCUUUGUUCCUGUCGAUGUCUCCAAGCGUGACUCCGUCUUCACCGCUGUUGACAAGGUGGCCAGCCAUUUCGGAUCCCUACACGUCAUGGUCAACAAUGCUGGUAUUGCCUCUGUGUCCAAGAUCCUAGAUGCCACUCCAGAGCAACUAAACCAAGUCAUGAACAUUAAUGUCGGUGGUGUUCUUUAUGGUACCCAAGCUGCUGUCAGUAAAUUCAUCGAACUCAACCGCGGUGGUGACUACACUCCUUCAACGGUUGAAAACCCACCAAAGCAAAUCAUCGGUAAGAUCAUCAACUGUUGCUCCAUCGCCGGUAACCAGGCCUUCCCAAUUUUGUCAUUGUACUCUGCUUCCAAGUUCGCUGUUAAGGCGCUUACUCAAGCCUCUGCCAAAGAAUUGUCCAGCUUGGGCAUCACCUGUAACUCUUACGCUCCGGGUAUUGUGUUGACCCCAAUGUGGGACUACAUUGACUCUCAAUUAUCCGAGGUUAACGGUUUACCUAUUGGUGAAAACUUGAAGAGGAACAUUGACAACAUCGCUUUGAAGCGUGGAGAAACCCCAGAGGACGUUGCUGGUUUGGUUGGCUUCCUUGCCAGCGAGGACUCCAACUAUAUCACUGGCCAAAACAUUGCCGUUGACGGUGGUAUCUCUUACGUCUAA